AGCGGAUCCAGGGUCAGCGGGCGUCGUGCUAGCCUGACAAGUUCCGCCAUUUCCCCUCACUUCGGGCCCGUUCUGCGUCCUUCUUCCUUCUCACCAUUGCGCUACAUCGGCGGCACCGGGAGGCGGAGCGGCGCUAGGCAGGCAGAUAAACUGCAGGAAGGCAGGCGGGGAUCCGGUGAGCCACAGCGGGAUGAAAGCGAGACCAAGAGCCGGGGCGGAUGAAUGCGAACACCGCAAGCCUUGAAUGUGUGACGGGCAGCUAGCGGCGCAACGACACAUUGUUAACGUUUGUUGUUGUUGUCGCUACAUUCCGCCCUCCUUAUUAUAACAGCCGACUAGCUUAGCUCUGAUUUCACACCAACCUCCGCGGUGGGAGAGGCAAGGAGGAGUCCGGCCAGGUUUCGCAAGGCGGUGGACGGGUUAUCCUCCCUGCGCUAGAGCUUAUUGACGACAAUAAACGCCGGCAAGUGUGUUUUUUCCCCCCUCCCCAGAAUUAUUUUUUUGUGUUGGAACGAGUGAGCGAAGAUGUCGGGGCAGAGCAUUACGGACCGGAUAACGGCAGCCCAGCACAGCGUAACGGGAUCCGCCGUAUCCAAAACCGUAUGCAAGGCCACCACUCACGAAAUAAUGGGCCCGAAGAAGAAACAUUUAGACUACCUGAUCCACUGUACCAACGAGAUGAACGUGAACAUUCCCCAGCUGGCCGACUCGCUGUUUGAGAGGACCACCAACACCAGCUGGGUGGUCGUGUUCAAGUCUCUCAUCACCACGCACCACCUCAUGGUGUAUGGCAACGAGCGUUUUGUGCAGUACCUGGCUUCGAGGAACACAUUAUUCAACCUCAGCAAUUUCUUGGACAAAAGUGGCCUCCAAGGGUACGACAUGUCCACGUUUAUCCGGCGGUACAGUCGAUACCUGAACGAGAAAGCCGUUUCGUACAGACAGGUUGCCUUUGACUUCACCAAAGUUAAGCGAGGAGUGGACGGCGUCAUGAGGACCAUGAAUACAGAGAAGCUGCUCAAGACCAUCCCCAUUAUUCAGAACCAGAUGGACGCCCUCCUCGAUUUCAAUGUCAAUGCCAACGAGCUGACUAAUGGAGUCAUCAAUGCAGCCUUCAUGCUCCUCUUCAAAGACUCCAUCAGGCUCUUUGCUGCCUACAACGAAGGCAUCAUCAACCUGCUUGAGAAAUACUUUGACAUGAAGAAAACCCAGUGCAAAGAAGGGCUGGACAUCUACAAAAAGUUCCUCACCCGAAUGACCCGGAUAUCAGAGUUCCUUAAAGUAGCUGAGCAGGUGGGCAUCGACCGAGGAGACAUUCCAGAUCUUUCCCAGGCUCCCAGCAGCCUCCUGGAAGCUCUGGAGCAGCACUUGGCCUCUUUAGAGGGCAAGAAGGUGAAAGACUCCACGGCAGCCAGCAGAGCCAGCACUCUGUCCAACGCCGUGUCGUCGCUGGCGAGCACGGGAAUGUCUUUCACCAAAGUGGAUGAACGGGAAAAGCAGGCGGCGCUGGAAGAGGAGCAGGCCCGACUCAAGGCGCUGAAGGAGCAAAGACUCAAGGAGCUCUCCAAGAGGCCCUCGUUCGCCACCACUGAUACGUCGCCCAUCUCCACCACGGGGGGAACUAUUAACACGGCCCCGGCCAUCGAUCUCUUCUCCACACCGAGCUGUUCCAACGGCGCGGUGAAAAUGGAGAGCGACCUGUUUGACCUUCAGUCCACGUUCCAGCCAGCCGUGCAGUCGGCCUCGUCAGGGCUCCCCGUGGCGACGGCGUGGGCAGAUCCUUUCACCUCCGCCGAAGCUGGAGACGACUCCAUGCCAAACCUUAACCCUUUCCUCUCAAAACUCGUUGUCGAUGCCUCUCACUUACCUGUCGUGUCUUCAGACGGUGUUAGCUUUUCCACUAGGACGUCUGCUCAUGAAAUGUUUGGUGAUCGUUACAAUCCCUUUACUGACACAAACGCGUCAGUUUCAAGCAAUAACAAAUGCACAGUGCGGCUAGAACACUCCAUCUCAGACUCCUUCUGUGGCCCAGUGUCCAUUGCCCAGCACCUCCCACACCAGGCUCCCUUCCCCACAGAGCCCUCUACUGUAGCAGGUCUAUUCAGAGGAUAUUCCUCGCCUCAGCCCCCUCCCCAGCCACCUGCAGGUCUCCAAGUGGACUUUGAGUCUGUGUUUGGGGCCAAAGCCACGGGCAGCAACAGCCUCAAUGCUGAAGGUUAGGAUUUCAUUUC